AUGUCCUAUGUCAUAGCAGGCAAAUCUAUCAAGAAUGAGUACCUUGCCCUCGGUACCAUUCUCUUGACUGGAGGUGGAGCAUACGCCUACAAAGCGAGCCAGAGCUCUAAACCUGUCGUCCCUAAACCCGCUGCUGCUUCUUCCUCUUCCUCCUCCAACACGGAUUCAGACCUUGGAAUCACGACCGACUCCAAAGAUGAAUUAGACUUCAUCCGCCAAUUCGUUGCUGAUGCUGAGAAGGAGGGGAAAAAGCACUAG